AUAAUAUAGUUGCAGCUCGAAACUAAUUCCUCACUCUAAUUGCUAUAUAAGAUCACUGCCCAGAUCAUGUCCAGCAUGCAUAACCCAAGCAUGGCAGCUUCUCCGAAGCUUCAUGUUACUCUCUUCCAUGUUCUCCUUCUUUCCCUGUUUCCUUUGAAGACCACAUCAUCUACAAGAACACAAGCUGAAGCUCUCCUUCAAUGGAAAAGCACCUUGUCUUUUUCACCUCCUCCUCUUGGUUCAUGGUCUCGUUCCAACCUCAACAACCUCUGCAAGUGGACUGCUAUUUCGUGCAGCUCCACCCCUCGAACAGUCUCUCAAAUAAACCUCCGCAGCCUAAACAUAAGUGGAACACUCGCCCAUUUCAACUUCACCCCAUUUACUGAUCUCACCAGGUUUGACAUGCAGAGUAACAAUGUCAAUGGAAGGAUACCAUCAGCCAUUGGCAGCCUCUCCAAGCUCACUCACUUGGACCUCAGUGCUAACUUCUUCGAGGGCAGCAUACCUGUGGAGAUAUCUCAGUUGACAGAGCUUCAGUAUCUUAGUCUUUACAACAACAAUCUCAACGGUAUCAUCCCCUUUCAACUUGCCAAUCUUUCCAAGGUGAGACACUUGGACCUUGGAGCAAACUACCUGGAAAACCCUGACUGGUCCAAAUUUUCCAUGCCUUCUUUGGAAUAUCUUAGCUUUUAUCUCAAUGAACUUACUGCAGAAUUCCCCCAUUUUAUAACCAAUUGCCGGAACUUGACGUUUCUGGAUUUGUCACUCAAUAAAUUCACAGGCCAAAUACCAGAAUUGGUCUAUACCAAUCUGGGAAAGCUUGAGACCUUGAAUCUCUAUAACAAUUCAUUCCAAGGACCAUUGUCAUCCAACAUUUCGAAGCUUUCCAAUCUAAAAAACAUUAGUCUACAAUAUAACCUGUUGAGUGGUCAAAUUCCCGAAAGCAUUGGUUCGAUAUCUGGUCUUCAAAUUGUUGAGUUGUUCAGCAAUUCUUUCCAAGGAAAUAUUCCAUCCUCUAUAGGCCACCUUAAGCAACUUGAAAAGCUUGAUCUCCGGAUGAAUGCAUUGAACUCAACGAUCCCUCCUGAGCUUGGUCUUUGCACUAACCUCACCUACUUGGCCUUGGCUAAUAAUCAGCUAAGUGGGGAAUUGCCUUUGUCUUUGUCCAAUCUAUCUAAAAUAGCAGAUAUAGGUUUGUCUGAAAACUCUCUCUACGGUGAGAUCUCACCUACCCUUAUAUCCAACUGGACUGAAUUGAUCUCAUUUCAGGUUCAAAACAAUUUGUUUUCUGGAAAUAUUCCUCCAGAAAUUGGGAAAUUGACAAUGCUUCAAUACCUUUUUCUGUAUAAUAACACAUUUUCUGGUUCCAUUCCCCCGGAGAUGGGAAACUUGAAGGAGUUAUUAAAUCUAGACCUUUCAGGAAACCAGCUUUCAGGCCCCCUUCCUCCAUCAUUGUGGAAUCUCACAAAUCUUCAAAUCCUGAAUCUUUUCUCAAAUAACAUCAACGGUAAAAUUCCACCAGAAGUUGGAAAUUUGAAGAUGCUGCAAAUUCUUGAUCUCAACACCAACCAGCUCCAUGGGGAGUUGCCACAGACCAUUUCAAAUAUUACUUCUUUAACUUCUAUCAAUCUAUUUGGCAAUAACCUCUCUGGUAGCAUUCCAAGUGAUUUUGGGAAGUACAUGCCUUCUCUAGCGUAUGCUAGCUUUUCAAACAAUAGUUUCUCUGGAGAAUUGCCGCCUGAAUUGUGUAGAGGUCUGAGUCUUCAACAAUUUACUGUUAACGAAAACAGUUUUACAGGGUCACUGCCAACCUGCUUGAGGAAUUGUUCGGAGCUAACAAGAGUUCGACUUGAAGAGAACCGAUUCACUGGAAACAUCACUGAUGCAUUUGGUGUCCUUCCAAAUCUUGUUUUUGUUGCCCUCAGUGACAAUCAAUUUAUUGGUGAAAUCUCACCAGAUUGGGGAGAAUGUAAAAACCUCACCAAUUUACAGAUGGACAGAAACAGAAUUUCUGGUGAAAUCCCUGCUGAGCUUGGGAAGUUGCCCCGACUGCGAGUUCUAAGUCUGGGCUCCAAUGACCUGACUGGGAGGAUUCCUGCUAAACUGGGAAAUCUAAGCAGGUUAUUCAUGCUCAAUUUAAGCAACAAUCAGUUGACAGGGGAGGUGCCUCAGAGUCUAACCAGCUUGAAAGGCCUUGAAUCUCUCGACUUAUCUGAUAACAAGCUGACUGGAAACGUAUCAAAAGAGCUUGGGAGUUAUGAGAAGCUAUCAAGCUUGGACUUGAGCCACAACAACCUUGCUGGUGAAAUACCUUUUGAACUGGGCAACUUAAACUCGUUGCGAUACUUGUUGGAUCUUAGCAGCAACUCACUCUCAGGAGCCAUACCUCAAACUUUUGCAAAGCUAUCUCGAUUAGAGACUCUGAAUGUCUCACAUAACCAUCUCUCAGGAAGAAUCCCAGAUUCACUGUCUUCCAUGCUUAGCCUGACUUCUUUCGAUUUCUCAUACAAUGAGUUGACAGGUCCCAUACCAACUGGAAGUAUUUUCAAAAAUGCAUCCGCAAGAUCUUUUGUUGGAAAUUCGGGAUUGUGCGGUGAAGGAGAAGGACUAUCACAAUGCCCAACAACAGACAGUAGCAAGUCCUCGAAGGAUAACAAAAAGGUUCUUAUUGGUGUUAUCGUUCCGGUUUGUGGCUUGUUAGUAAUAGCAACUAUCUUUUUUGUUCUGCUAUGUUUCCAAAAAACCAAACUGCUUGAUGAAGAGACCAAAAUAGUCAACAAUGGUGAGAGUUCCAAGUCAGUGAUAUGGGAAAGAGAGAGCAAAUUCACGUUUGGGGAUAUUGUCAGGGCCACUGAUGACUUCAACGAGAAGUACUGCAUUGGAAGAGGAGGAUUUGGUAGUGUUUACAAAGCAGUAUUAUCUACAGGUCAAGUAGUUGCAGUCAAGAAACUCAACAUGUCAGACUCCAGUGACAUCCCAGCAACCAAUCGCCUGAGUUUCGAGAAUGAGAUUAAAAUGCUGACAGAAGUUAGGCACCGGAACAUCAUAAAGCUUUAUGGGUUUUGUUCCAGGAGGGGCUGCUUGUACCUGGUUUACGAGCAUGUUGAAAGAGGAAGUCUGGGAAAAGUGUUGUAUGGGAUAGAAGGGGAAGUGGAGCUGGGUUGGGGCAGGAGAGUGAAUACAGUGCGAGGAGUAGCUCAUGCAAUUGCCUACUUGCACCAUGACUGUUCUCCGCCCAUUGUGCACCGUGACAUAUCAUUGAACAACAUUUUGCUAGAGACAGAUUUUGAGCCACGUCUUGCGGAUUUUGGCACAGCAAGGCUCUUGAAUACAGAUUCCUCCAAUUGGACUACAGUUGCUGGGUCUUAUGGCUACAUGGCUCCAGAACUGGCACAAACAAUGCGGGUCACAGACAAAUGCGAUGUGUAUAGCUUUGGGGUGGUGGCUUUGGAAGUCAUGAUGGGAAAGCACCCGGGAGACCUCUUAUCUUCAUUAUCAUCAAUAAAACCACCAUUGUCAAGUGAUCCAGAGUUGUUUCUAAAGGAUGUGCUAGACCCGCGACUCCAAGCUCCCACAGGCCAAGCAGCAGAGGAAGUUGUUUUCGUAGUUACAGUGGCCUUAGCAUGCACACAAACCAAGCCAGAGGCACGGCCCUCCAUGCAUUUUGUGGCACAAGAAUUAUCAGCAAGAACUCAAGCUUAUCUGGCUGAGCCACUGAACUCGAUAACUAUCAGCAAGUUGAGAAGUUUUCAAAAAUAGAACAAGAUGGACCUCGUAGGAUAGGCUACUUUUGGUUUGACAGAAUUCCAUGGCUUUCACAAAUUACAAUUCAAGGAGGUGGGCUUUACUUCCUAGUGGCUGUCUUAGCAUAAAGAUUAUAGUACUGAGUUUUAUAUAUAUAUAAUUUUUUAUAAUCCUUCUGUGUCAUUAGUUACCAGAAUACGGAUGCAUGUUCCGUAUCAUGUAUUGCUUUUGGCAAGUGUAUGGAGGUAACUAUACAAAAAAGAUAAAAACAUGUCUGGUUGGUGACGCAGAGACGAAAACAUCAAAUAAAUCUGUCUCUGAGACAGUUUUACAAUGAAUUU